GUAGGUACCUACCGUAUUGAGUGUUGAAGUCUUUUCAACUUUUAUUAAAUUCAUACUGCAAUAUAAUAUUAUGGCUAAACCGGUGGAUUUAGAACUAAGAAAAGCCUUCGCAGAAUUGCAAAUAAAAAUGGUAGCAACCAGCAAGAAGAUACAAAUUAUCGACAGUCAUAUAGGCGUACUGAAACGUGUGGCUCAACAUGCAGAAAUUACUCAGCGAGAGAUGGCUCAUCUACCAAAUGGUACAAAAACUUACGAAUCAAUAGGGAGAAUGUUCCUUUUAACAGAUUUAGAGGAUAUAAAAAAGAAUCUGAAGGAAAAUCUUUCCCUUUUAAGUAGUCGCACUGCCGAGUUAGAAGAGAAUAAACAGUAUUUAGAGAAAAAUCUUAAAGAGAGUGAAGACAACAUCAGAGAAAUGGUCCAGCAAAAAAAGGAACAAAGUGAAACCAAAUCCACAUAACAAUGAGAAAUGCUUUUACUGAUUGUCUGUGGGCUCUAAUUUUUAUCUUCUAAAUCAGUUUUAUAUACUUACCAUUAUAGUUUUACUAUUAAGGUGGUCAUAUAAUUGAACAAAUUGUUGAAUAUUGAUGAUAGUAAUCAUUAACGCCGCAAUAAAUCAAUCACAUAAAUGUAAGGUUUAUACAGAAAGAGCUUUGAUACUAAUAAUUACUAAUACAUUUUUAAAAUAAACAGUACAGUAAUAGGUUUUAGCAUCUUAAGACAAAUAAUAUAGUAUCAGACAUGCUAAAUUAUAGUAUAACAAAGUGCAAUUAUUGUAAUAUUGUAAUAGUAUAAAUUUAUCUGGUACAAAAAGCAACUCAUUUUUCUGUAUACUUAACCAUAUUUUUGCUUUUAUAAUAUAAAACAUCUUUAGGCUUUACUUGUACUAGGUAAGUGGCUAGAUCACUGCUUAACUUUUUUAAAACUAUAGUAAAUAAUUAAAACAUUA